GUAAAAGUGUUUUUGAUUAGAUACUCUCAAACUGCGAGAGCAAUUCGCAGUGAUAAUUCUACGCUUAUUGAUAUGACUUUAGUCCGGUUAAUCCAUCUUCUUUCACACCAUCCUGACUUCUCCCUUGAACCUGCAAGCCUUCGUGAAUUCAGCGUAUAUAUUAACUUCUUUUUGGACACAAUUGCAAAUCGAGAAAACGUACAAUUUUUAUUCCACAUUGCCACACGAUUAAAACAAGUUCGUGAUGCCCAAUCUCCGGAUAAAUGCGAGAAUAUAUAUACGUUAAGCGAUUUAACUCAGCACCUUGUCCAAGCUAAAUGCAAAGCCCAUUCGUGGCCAUUAGCUCCAUUUCCUGGUCAAUCAAACCUUCCUCCGGAAUUAUUCAAAAGUAUACCUAAUGCUGAGAUGGCGUCUGAGAUCAUGAAAAAAAAUUAUAUUCCGAAUGAAUUCUUGAAAGAGCUAGAAAAAGCUCAUGGAUCUUCUCAAAGUAAAGGCGAAAAGGCGAACAAAAAAGGUCGUCCAAAGUCUACCACUCAAACGCCCAGGAAGAAACGUAAAGUAAAUGCAGAAUCGUCAGAGAAUUCACAGGCAACUACCAGAACACUUGCUCCAAGAGCUGCUAAAUCUAAGGUUCAAUCGAUGGCUAUCGAUUCUGAUAGUAGCGAAAAUGAGGAUAUAGAUGAAGAUACAGACGAUUCAUAA